GUUUGCAUGGACGCAGAACGAGUCAUAAUGUGCUGUCAGUUCCUCACGUUGAUGGAGUUGGUUUUCGCGAAAUACGGGCGGGGAAAGAUGGACAAACAACAUUUCAAAUUCUUUUUCAAAUAAUGUAUUUUACCCGUUUACUUUUGAAGUCAUCUGAUCGACCUGCUCUUCGUCACCUGUUGGAGUCUGAGUCACUGAUGCUUUACUAGAAUGAGACGCACCGACAAUAAGGACAAACCUGCAGUUUACCAACGGGUCGUGUUGAAGAACGCCUCGCCGUACCACUACAUGAAGGUCUGCCUUGUGCUGGAGGAUGAAUCUACCAGACUGAGCGCUGUUGAACUGAAGCAGUUUAUCAUCACAGGUCUGAAGAGUCUGUACGGAGAGGUAGGAGCAGCACUGACCUUUGACCUGUUGAAGUACGAUGAAGACACCCUAUCUGCUUUUCUGCGUGUUUCCAGCAGGGGUUUGGUAAAGUUGUGGAGCUCCCUAACUCUACUGGGCUCCUACCAGAACCAGGCCUGUGCCUUCAGAGUGCUGCAGGUAUCUCCGUUCCUGCUUGCGCUGACAGGAAACAGUCGAGAGCUACAGCUGGACUGAAGGAGGAGAAACAGGAGCAUUGUCGUCUUCAGGAUGAGGUUCAUGUGGAGCAGUAUCUUUAAUAAACCACGGCUGUG